AUGUCUCCCCCCAACUCCGCGCGUCGCAGCGGGCUCACCAAGGAGCUCGCCGAACUCUUCGCCUCCAACCCGCACGACGGCCUCUCCAUAUCCCUCGCUCUCACCACCACCGUUCGCUGCCCGUGCCAGUCGCGGACCAGGACUGGCUUGGUCCAGUGCACCAAGUGUCUCUACCACCAGCAUGUUGCAUGCUGCUAUCCUGCCGCCCGCGACCUCUCUGAGCAAGACCGACAACAACACAUCUGCCGAUCAUGCCAAGCUCUCAUCGCCGAACAGCCUACUGACUCCGAGCCAGCGAAGCGCAAGGCCGAUGGAGAUCUGGGCUCCACGAGCCCCAAGCGCAUCAAGCAGUCUAAUUCGCCCCAGCCCGAGAUCCCCGCCGAUCCCAAGGAUCCACGUCCGCCCGGGAAGCCCGUCCCAUUCCCCGAAAAGCCCGCUGUUAUCGAAGAGCGCAAUGGGGAAAUCGAGUUCCGAGUCGUCAACAAUGACAACGAACGCGAGAGCACCAUCAUCCUGACCGGCCUCAAGUGCAUCUUUCAAAAGCAACUUCCCAAGAUGCCCAAAGACUACAUUGCUCGACUGGUGUACGACAGGACGCAUUUGUCAAUGGCCAUUGUGAAGAAGCCACUGGAGGUUGUAGGUGGAAUCACCUAUCGCCCUUUCGUCAAUCGAAGCUUCGCCGAAAUCGUCUUCUGUGCCAUCUCGUCAGACCAGCAAGUCAAGGGCUACGGUGCCCAUCUCAUGUCGCACUUGAAAGAUUACGUCAAGGUCUCGACUCAGGAACGGAUCAUGCACUUCCUCACUUACGCCGACAAUUACGCCAUUGGCUAUUUCAAGAAACAGGGCUUCACCAAGGAAAUCGUGCUACCAAAGCCGCAGUGGAUGGGCUAUAUCAAGGAUUAUGAGGGAGGCACCAUCAUGCAGUGCAGCAUGGUCCCGAAGAUACGCUACUUAGAGGUCGGACGCAUGUUGCUCAAGCAGAAAGAGGCUGUACAUGCCAAGAUCAAGGCAGUUAGCCGCAGUUACGAUGUCCACCCUCCACCGGCGGAAUGGCAAAAGGGCGCUAUCACGAAGAUCGAUCCUCUCACGAUACCGGCAAUCAAAGCCUCCGGCUGGUCAAUGGAUAUGGACGAGCUCUCUCGCGCCCCGCGUCACGGUCCCAACUAUAACCAGCUGUUGCACUUGCUCAACGAUAUGCAGAAUAACACAAACGCCUGGCCGUUUCUGCAACCUGUCAACAAAGACGAGGUUGCCGACUAUUACGACGUCAUCAAGGAGCCAAUGGAUCUCGAGACCAUGGAGUCGAAGCACGAAAAGGACAUGUACCCCACCCCCGAAGACUUCAUCAAGGACGCCAUGCUCAUAUUCAACAACUGCCGUCGCUAUAACAACGAGAGCACCCCAUAUGCCAAGGCGGCGAACAAGCUUGAGAAGUACAUGUGGAGCAGGAUCAGGGAGAUUCCCGAAUGGAGUCACCUUGAGGGAGAUUAUGCGCACGUCAAGUGA